UUUCAUGUCUCUCUUCGUACAACCACAGAAAAACCAAACAUAAGAAUAGAAACUGCAAACUCUCUCUCUCUGUCACUCAUCGAAGAAAAGAAAAUUACGGACAAAAUGUCAGGUGUAUCUCUCGCCGUAGCUCCCCGCACCGACCCGGCCCCACCUGGAACACCCACAACCAAACACCCACAAGAAACCCCCUCAAAGAACCAACAACAACAACGACAGCAACAGUCCGUUGUGGGAGGCGUGAUGGGUUCGCUCCGAGUAAUAGAGCUGCAGCUCGUUGCCUUCAUCAUGGUCUUCUCCGCCAGUGGACUCGUUCCCAUCCUCGACCUCAUCUUUCCCGCCUUCGCCUCCGCUUACCUCCUCGCUCUAUCCCGCCUCGCCUUCCCUUCCCACUCCACCUCCACGUCAGCAUCCUCAGCGGCUGAGAUCUUCCAAGGCAGCCGCUUCUUUCGUCUCUACGUCAUUGUGGGGACCACCAUCGGCCUAUUCCUCCCACUCGCGUACGUCCUCGGUGGAUUCGCGAGAGGGGACGAGCAUGCUGUUCGGUCUGCGACACCACACCUCUUCCUACUGUCAUUCCAAAUCCUCACCGAGAAUGUAAUUAGUGGGUUGUCGUUGUUCUCGCCGCCCGUGCGGGCACUCGUGCCUCUUCUUUAUACGGUGAGGAGGAUCUUUGUAAUCAUCGACUGGAUUGCUGAUGUCUGGCUCCACAAGAUCUUGCCUGCAAAUGCAGAAUUCAAGGACAUUGCAUGGUUUUGGUUUGGAAAGGUUUUAGCAGUCGCAAAUCUGCUAUAUUUCUCCAUCAAUCUCUUUGGGUUUUUGAUCCCUCAGUUCCUACCGAGGGCCUUCGAGAUAUACUUCAACGAGAGGGACGAGAUCUGUUCAAAGAUGGCUGAGGACAAACUAUCAGAGGCAUCUCAAGCACAAACACCGCAGCAAGAAUCUGAAGCGACUAAGAAAGCCAAUUGAUAGGUAGUUCGUUGCUAGCCUUCAAUCACGUGGUCUGGUUUUCUGUUCAUACAAGUGGGACCUACUGGUUAAGUAAUCAAGAUUAAUGGUUCCAUCCCACCUGUUAUGGAUGGACUGAUGGACUGCGAACUGAAACUCUUUUGGAGCACAAUAUCAUGCCAAUUUCAGUUUGAGAAAAGAUGUGACUUGGGGCACUGGUAAUGGGAUGGAUCAGGUGCGGCCCUUACUGUGGGGCCCAUGAUGUAUGUCCUAUAUAUCCACGGUGUCCAUCCGUUUUGCUAGAUCAUUUUAGGUCAUGAGCCCAAACAUGAAACGGAUCUAAGGUAGACCAUGCCCUAGUAAACCAUGGUGAUUAUUUAUU